CCAGUUGCUUGCCAAACGCCAAUAAACAGUAUUACGAAGAAAGAAGACGAAGCUCUUCUUCCUGCUUUGCUGUUCUGUGUGGGAGAGAUCACAACCCGGUGUGAAAACGAUUUACAGUGACAUAAAAUGUCAAAGGCCAGUGUUUUAUUAGCGCAAGAUGAGUUCAGCUGUCCAAUCUGUUUGGAUAUCUUAAGAUAUCCAGUUACUAUUCCCUGUGGACACAGUUUCUGUAUGGAUUGUAUCUCAGGCUUCUGGGAUCAAGAGGAUCCAAAGGGAGUAUACAGCUGUCCACAGUGCAGACAGACUUUUACUCCACGGCCAGUUCUGGGCAAAAACACAAUGCUGGCUGACGUGGUGGAGAAGCUGAAGCUUCUGGGACUCCAGUCUGCUCCUGCUGCCCACUGCUACGCUGGACCUGGAGAUGUGGAGUGUGACAGUGGACAUAAAACUGUUUCAGUCGCAACAGAGAGGACAGAGAAACAGAGAGAGCUGGAAGAGACACAGAGGAAAUCUCAAGAGAUCAUCAAAGAAAAAGAAAAGCAAUUCCAAGAGCUCAGACAGGCUGUGAAAACUCUUCAGUGUUCUGCCGAUGCAGCAGUGGAGAACAGUGAGAGGGUCUUCACUGAGAUGAUCCGCUCCAUUGAGAAAAGACGCUCCGAGGCAACGAAGCUGAUCCGAGAUCAGGAGAGGGCGGAUGUGAAUCGAGCUGAGGAACUCAUGGAGACACUGGAGCGGGAGAGCGCUGAGCUGAAGAGCAGAGUUGCUGAGCUGGAGCAGUUCUCACAAAGUGAAAAUAACAUUCAGUUUCUCAAGAGUUUCCAGUCUCUGUGUGCCUCCACUACAUCUGACAAGUCAUCUACGUGCUCAGUGCAUACAGAUGAGCUUUUUGAGAGAGUGAGUGACGGCCUCACUCUGCUCCAAGACAAACUGCAGGAUGUGCUCCACCAGGGACUACAGGACAUUGUGACAACUGGUGAACAAAUCAGCAUUUUCAGACCUUCAGAGCCUGUGACCAGAGAUGAUUUCCUAAAAUAUUCCUGUCAGCUGACUUUGGACCCCAACACGGCUAAUAAUCUGCUGAGACUCUCUGAGGGAAACAGGGUUGUAGAAGUUGUUACAGUGACUCACUGUUAUCCUGACCAUUCACACAGAUUUUCUCAUGUAGGACAGGUGAUGUGUUCAGAGGCUACAUCUACCAGGUGCUACUGGGAGGUGGAGUGGUCUGGAGAUGUGUUUAUAGCUGUUUCAUACAAGGGGCUGAAGAGGAAAGGAACCGGUAAUGAUGUUAAGCUUGGCUGCAAUCCAAACUCCUGGGCAUUGUAUUGCCAUGCAUCUGGGCUCCAUUUCUACCAUAAUGAUAAAGGAACCUGUGUCCCUCGUGCUCAGGCCUCUAGAAUCGGAGUGUAUGUGGAUCACAGGGCAGGAACUCUGAGCUUCUACAGUGUCAAUGCUGACACAGUGACUCUGCUGCACAAAGUAGAGACCACAUUCACUGAGCCACUGUAUCCUGCCUUUUGGCUCGGCAAUUAUCGCAGUAAAAUCAAAUUGUGUUAGUGACAACAGGCCAACAGAACACCACAUGUGUACAUAUCAUAACAUGCCAUAACGUGCGCUUUUGUGAUUUUUUUUUAUGCAAAUGUGCUAUAUGUUGUUGAACAAUUAACAAAACUAAUGACCUUGCCUUUUUCAAAUGUUUUUUUUCUUCAUAGAACUGCUUAAUAACUUCAAGAUGUAUGAAGCACAUUAUGAACUCUGUUAAUAUAGAACCUACAAUGACUAAAGUUAAAGUGUAAAUGUACUAUAUGUGUUAAUCAUUUUGCUGCACUGCAUCUAUGAUAUAUUGAAUUGUGAUAUUCCAUCUCUCGGUGAGGCCCUCCAGUGUCAUUAAGCAAGGUUGUUAACCAGUGCAACUACAGUGUAUGUUCCCUGCACUAGAAUGAGUUGCUGUCAGUGAUAGGUAGGCCUACAGUAAGUCAUACAUCUCUGUUCAUGUUCAGAUCAUCCUGGCUGUUAGUGUAAUAACACAUAGGCCUAUGGUUAUUGAUGUUAUUCUUAAAAUGAAUUAUUUUUCCUCAGGAAUUGUACUUGUAGGUACUUGUAGGUUUAAAAAAAAUAUAUAUAUUCUAUCUGUGUGGCAAUAAAGGAUAUGUUUACUUUUAA